AUAACGAUCUCUGGAAGCAAUAUCAAUAUGCAGCUGAAUGGAGCACAUUUAUUGCAUUAAGUUUCUAUCUGUGUGUCUGUUUCAGAAUUUAAAGCUUGCUUAUCUGAUGACGUUUCUAUAUCUGAUCUUAAUCUAUCAAUAUUGUAAAAAAAUGUGGAAAAAAAGAAUAAAAUUCUAUUCUGAAUCAUCUGAUUAUAAACACACCCUUAGAAUAACACCAUAUGUUUUAGAAAUUAUUUAACUUUAAUGUUCUUCAAAUGUUUUAUAUUUUAGAGCUCUAUUACUGCUCAUGCACACAUGCCUACACACACUUAUUGUCAGUAAUAGAUCAGUGAGGUCAGUUCUUUUGUUUUUGUUUUCUUCCUGAUAUUUACAAACAUGGCACUUUUGUUGAGUAAAAGUAUUGGCACAAUUAGCAUUAAAGAAUAUUACUGUUAUAACUACAUCAACCCGAUGACCCACUGAUACCAAACUGCUGCAAUUUGCUGCCACCAUCAUGAGCUGCAUCAUCAGUGAAGAUUAGUGAGUCUGUUUCCGAAGCAGCCAUGAAAGGACAAUGACGUCAUCUGUGUGACACCACCGCCAUAUUUCACUGAUGAACUCAGAUGUUUUGGAUCCUGAGCAGAUCUUUUUGGCCUUUUCCAAUUCAACAGGACACAACUGGGCAACAACAAAAACGUGUUGUGUUCCAAUAUUUUUAAUAAUUUGGAAAAAAAGGGUUUAAACUAAUGCUAUGUUCCUAAUUUUUAAACAUCUAGAUGUAAAUAUCAGGAAAUGAAACUGAUCUUCCUAAAUCAUAUUCAACUUUUGAUCUGUUGAAGUCUAGUCUUAAGUGUAAAGCAAAAACAUAAGAACUCGACUUUCUGUUCUAGUACUUUCAGAGGGGACUUUACACACACAACACACAACACACACAAAGCUUUAUCAGUGUUCAGCUGUCACACAUUCUUCCCAUAGCUGCUGUUUAUUUUUAUCAGGAAGGUGGUGGUCCUCUGCUUUAUCUUGCCUGCACUGUGUAAGCAGGAGCCUUUAUUCAAGUAAUAUUGUUAGUGGUUAGUGGUGUUUAUCACAGGGACAUUACAGUGUUCAGUAAGGAGCGGUGAUCAUUGGAACAGCGUGAUGGGAAAUUAUAAAUCUAGACCUACACAGACAUGUACAGAUGAGUGGAAGAAAAAAGUGAGCGAGUCGUACUCUGUGAUUAUGGAAAAGCUGGAUGAUGAUCUGAAGAUUAAAGAUAAAGAAUAUUCUGAACUCAAACAUGUGUUCAGUUCAGAUGAAGCUUUUAACAAAGUAAAUCUGAACUAUCGCUCUGAGACCGGACUGUCGCUGCUCCACCUGUGCUGCAUCUGUGCAGGAAAUAAAAGUCAUAUCCGCACUCUAUUGCUAAAAGGACUGCGAGCCUCCAGACUGAGUCGCAAUGGAUUCACAUCCCUCCAUCUCGCUGCUUAUACAGAUAAUGCUGAGCUGGUUACAGCUUUGUUGCAUGGUGGGGCAGAUGUUCAGCAGGUUGGGUACGGAGCACUUACGGCUCUGCACAUUGCCACUAUAGCAGGACAUCAUGAGGCAGUGGACAUUCUCCUGCAGCACGGUGCUUAUGUUAAUGUUCAAGACGCUGUGUUCUUCACACCUCUGCACAUUGCAGCUUAUUAUGGCCAUGAGCAGGUGUGCAAGUUGUUGCUGAAAUUUGGUGCGGAUGUUAACGUUAGUGGAGAGGUGGGAGAUCGUCCACUUCACCUUGCUGCUGCUAAAGGUUUCCUGAACAUCAUCCGGUUGCUGAUGGAAGACGGAGGCCAAGUGGAUGUAAAUGCUCAGGAUAAUGAGGAUCAUGUGCCACUGCAUUUCUGUGCACGAUUUGGCCACCUUGAGGUUGUGCAUUUCCUGCUGCAGGGAAACUUUAAUGUCCAGCCUCAUUCCAUCAACAUCUACGGAGACACACCGCUACAUCUGGCAUGUUAUAGUGGGAAGCUUGAGGUGGUGAAGGAGUUGGUGCAGCUCACCGGAACAGAAAGUCUUUCCAAAGAGAACAUCUUCAGUGAGACAGCAUUUCACAGUGCCUGUACUUAUGGUAAAGACAUAGACAUGGUCAAGUUCCUGAUUAACCAGAAUGCAGUCAGCGUUAAUCAUCAGGGCCGAGAUGGACACACGGGUUUACACAGCGCCUGUUUCCAUGGACACAUCCGCCUUGUUCAGUUCCUGUUGGACUCUGGAGCUGACAUGAACCUGGUGGCGUGUGACCCGAGUCGCUCCAGUGGUGAGAAAGAUGAACAGACCUGUCUGAUGUGGGCCUACGAGAAAGGUCAUGAUGCCAUCGUCACACUGCUGAAACACUAUAAACGUCCUCUAGAAGAUUCGCCCUGUAAUGAAUACUCUCAGCCAGGAGGGGAUGGAUCCUAUGUUUCUGUUCCGUCUCCACUUGGGAAGAUCAAAAACAUGACAAAAGAGAAAGCUGAUGUUUUGAUCCUCAGAGCAAGUCUCCCGUCUCAUUUCCACCUGCAACUCUCAGAACUGGAAUUCCAUGAGAUCAUUGGCUCAGGCUCAUUCGGGAAAGUGUAUAGAGGAAAAUGUCGCAACAAGAUUGUAGCCAUUAAACGGUACCGAGCCAACACGUACUGCUCGAAGUCAGACACAGACAUGUUUUGCCGUGAAGUUUCCAUCCUGUGUCGCUUAAACCAUCCGUGUGUUAUUCCAUUCGUGGGGGCGUGUCUCGAAGAUCCAAGUCAGUUUGCCAUCGUCACACAGUAUGUCUCUGGAGGAUCUCUGUUCUCACUGCUGCAUGAACAAAAACGGCUAAUUGACCUGCAGUCAAAACUUAUUAUCGCCAUUGAUGUGGCCAAGGGGAUGGAAUAUUUGCACAACCUGAUUCAGCCCAUUAUCCACAGAGACCUUAACAGUCACAACAUUCUGCUGUAUGAAGACGGUCAUGCUGUUGUGGCUGAUUUCGGUGAGUCACGUUUCCUGCUCUCCAUGGAUGAAGACAACAUGACAAAACAACCUGGGAACCUUCGCUGGAUGGCUCCGGAGGUUUUUACUCAGUGUACACGCUACACAGUGAAGGCCGACAUGUUCAGUUACGCUUUGUGUCUGUGGGAGCUGCUGACAGGAGAGAUCCCCUUUGCUCAUCUCAAACCAGCGGCUGCGGCAGCUGAUAUGGCAUAUCAUCACAUACGGCCUCCAAUCGGCUACUCCAUCCCUAAACUGCUGUCUGCUCUGCUCAUGAGGGGCUGGAAUGCCUGUCCUGAGGAGCGGCCAGAGUUCUCAGAGGUUGUAUCUAAACUAGAGGAGUGUUUGUGCAACAUUGAGCUGAUGUCUCCAAGCUCCAGUAACAGCAGUGGUUCCCUUUCUCCAUCGGCAUCUUCAGACUGUUUGUAUGGUCGCAUGAGUCCAGGUCGAAGUCAUGUAGCUGCACUGCGAUCACGCUUUGAACUGGAGUAUGCCAUAAACACUCGUACUGUGUGGAGUUCUGGACGUCGUACCUCCCAGGGUCUGUCUCUGGAUGAGCUCAGAAGAAACAUGCAGUUCCCCAUCGAUAGAAAUGGUUAUGUAUCAGAUCCCAUGAGCACCAUGAGGUUCCACUCCAGCAGCAACACCAGCCUUGAGGAUACCAGCUGAUAAACAUGCACACACACACACACACACACACACACACACACACAUACACACACACACACAUACACACACACACCCACACACAAUCAUCAAUCACACACACACAUUCAGACACACUCACACAAUCACACUCGCACACACAAAUACACUCACUUACGGCUUUAUUAUAUUUUAUCAAAUCUAAAUUGAGUUAAAUCAGUUUGUUGUGUUAAUAUUAAAAUAAACACGUAAAUGUUAGAUACUCUUAAAUAUUUUAUUGUCUUGUUAAUUCUGACAGAAGAGUGAAAUUAACAUCUAAAAAUGAAAAUGUAGACAUUUCCCUUUGAAGUAUGUGUGUGAGUGAAUUUGUGUGUGUGUGUUUGUGAGAGUGUGUGUAUUUGUGUGUGUGUGUGUGAGUGUGUGUGUGAGUGAAUUUGUGUGUGUGUGUUUGUGAGUGUAUUUGUGUGUAUGUGUGUAUUUGUGUGUGUAUUUGUGUGUGUGUGUGUGUGUGAGUGUGAGUGAAUUUGUGUGUGUGUGUUUGUGAGUGUGUGUAUUUGUGUGUAUUUGUGUGUGUGAGUGUGUGUAUUUGUGUGUGUGUGUAUUUGUGUGUGUGAGUGUGUGUAUUUGUGUGUUUGUGUAUUUGUGUGUCUGUGUGAGUGUGUGUAUUUGUGUGUGUGUGUGUAUUUGUGUGUAUUUGUGUGUGUGUGUGAGUGUGUGUAUUUGUGUGUGUGUGUGUGUGUGUGUGAGUGUGUGUGUGUAUUUGUGUGUGUGUGAGUGUGUGUAUUUGUGUGUGUGUGAGUGUGUGUAUUUGUGUGUGUGUGAGUGUGUGUGUAAUUGUGUGUAUUUGUGUGUGUGAGUGUGUGUAUUUGUGUGUGUGUGUAUUUGUGUGUGUGUGUGUUUGUGUGUGUGUGUAUUUGUGUGUGUAUUUGUGUGUGUGUGUGUGAGUGUGUGUAUUUGUGUGUGUUUGUAUUUGUGUGUGUGUGUGUGUGUAUUUGUGUGUUUGUGUAUUUGUGUGUCUGUGUGAGUGUGUGUAUUUGUGUGUAUUUGUGUGUGUGUGUGUGUGUAUUUGUGUGUGUGUGUGUGUGAGUGUGUGUAUUUGUGUGUUUGUGUAUUUGUGUGUCUGUGUGAGUGUGUGUAUUUGUGUGUAUUUGUGUGUGUGUGUGUGAGUGUGUGUGUGUAUUUGUGUGUGUGUGUGUGAGUGUGUGUAUUUGUGUGUUUGUGUAUUUGUGUGUCUGUGUGAGUGUGUGUAUUUGUGUGUGUGUGAGUGUGUGUGUAUUUGUGUGUGUGAGUGUGUGUAUUUGUGUGUGUAUUUGUGUGUGUGUGUGUUUGUGUGUGUGUGUAUUUGUGUGUGUGUGUGUGUGAGUGUGUGUAUUUGUGUGUGUGUGUGUAUUUGUGUGUGUGUGUGUGUGUGUGAGAGAGAGAGUCAGACUCUGUAUAAAUAAUUCAGUAUUCAGUCGUGUCUAAUUUCUGCCUCAGUUCAGUUCUCUGAUAAGAGCAGCAGAAAAUAAACCAUAAUGAACCAUAAAUUCUAACUGAUAACAUUUUAAAUGUAUUAAAUUCUACAUGUUGAUAAAUAACCUGGAAUCAGUGUGUGUUCUAAUACUAUGACUUUACAUCUACUCGAUAUUUUCUUC